AUGUCAGUGAGAUGCAGGGCUGCGUUGCUGGCGCUCCUGCUGGGCGCCGCGCUCUUCUCCUCUGCGGGGAAUCGCGGCUCAGAAGCGGCCAAGAUCCUGGCCGUGCCCGCCGACUGGAGCCACUGGAUCAUCAUGAAGACCCUGCUCCUGGAACUGGUGGCGAGCGGGCACCAGGUGACGGUGCUGAGGAGCAACGACUCGCGGGGGUUGGAAACAACAUCCGAGGAUUUCACGCUGGAAACUAUCCUGGUGCCGGCAGCUGAGCCGCACAGAGCGCGGAACGCGAGCGAAAUCCGUGACAUUGUCUUCAACUCGCUCUACGUGGAAGACGGCUUCCUCUCCAGCCUUGCUGCCGCCCGCAGCAUGUAUGCCUCACUCCUCUUUAACAAUGAGGUGACCAUCCCGGCCAUCCGCGCGUUGUUUGACGACCGCGCACUGUUGCAGCGACUGAAGGGAGCAGGGUUUGACCUGACUUUAGCCGACCCUUACCAUGCGGCCGGGGCCAUGUUGGCACAGGUACUGGGCACGCCGCUGGUGUUCUUUGGCAGGUGGAUGAUUGCCCGGGGAUCUCCACUUUAA